AUGUCUACCACGUUCCCAAAUCUCUACACGCACCGCAAAGUCGCUGACUCAGCUGCCAAAGCGUGUGACGUUUGCUACAAGUCAAGCACAUCCGUCCUCAUCACCCCAGACAAGAAGGACUUCUUCUUUGUCUGUCCCGUUCACUUGAAGGAUCGGUAUUUUGCGACACCAAAGAUCGAUGAGGAAGCGGCCAAGAAGAAGCGCGAAAAGGAGCUGGAGGAGGAGAAGGAACGCGUCUUGAAGGAGUACGAGGAGAAGCAAAAGAAGAAGAAGGAAAAGGAAGCCAAGAAGGAUAAAGACGAUAAGGACAAGGAUGACAAGGAUAAGGAUAAGGAUAAAGACAAGGACAAGGACAAAGAUGAGAAGAAGGACGAGGACAAGGACAAAGAAGAGAGCAGUCCUGCACCUGAAGAAGAGCCCCGUGUAUUCGAGUUGAAGACCGCCUUUUACCAGCAGAGACUGCUAAAGAAGCGACAGGCCGAAGCUGCAAAGCUGGAUCGAGAGCGAUCGUCAAAGCCAGGCUAUUUCCCAUCUGUGCCAUCAGAUGCUCCCAGUCGACCAUGA